GAGAUCAGGUACUCACAUCUACAAAACAAUAAGCUUCAAGACCGCAAUUGUCAAUAAAACAAUGGCAACGUCGCAAUCUGGUCAGCCGGACGAAUCUCCCUACCCCUCUUACAAAGAGCUUCGGCGCAAUCAAUUGUCUGUCAACUCCACUGAUGCCGUUAACUGUCUCUUCUGGCAUUUCGACGGCGUCUUUCCUGCCGCAAUUUCCGUCAUGACGACUCCUCGCACUCCGAACUCUCUCAAACCGUACUUCCAACCAGAAGCCGGGGGCAGCGGCAGCGGCACGUGGCACCAAAUCGCGCGAUUGCCCAUCACAGAACCAAAGGUCUCAUCAAUUGAGAUUUCUGUCUCCGACCUCGAAAGUUGGAGAAAUAGCUGGCUAGAGCAGCAUAAGGAGCACCCCGAGGGCGAGUAUGUAACUUAUGGCGAUCUGAGCGAUGAUGAGCGGCCUUAUCCUUCGGAGGAGGGUGGCUGGGAGUCAGACUCAGACACGCCGUAUCUUGUGCGAUGCUGUGGAGAGGACAGACCGCCUAAUGAGACAGCGAAGUUGGUUGUUACGCCUUCUGCAGGCAAUCACUUUGUCACAGUUCAAGACUACGUUAGCACCGUGCAUCCUUGGCUGAUGAGCCUGCGUGAGGAUAUCUUACAAGCUAAGAAAGUUGUAAAUUACUAUCCUCAGCCAAUGCCGACCGACUUUAUGGUAAUAGGUAUGGUGCCGGACAAUAUAAGAAUAGAAGAUAAGCAGUACUGGAUUGAGGGAUUUCGUCCUGGUGGUCGGCUUCCACGCAAUGCCCAUGAGGCCUCAAUAAUUGAUAGAUUACGUAGGCCUAGAUAAGUACUUCAGCGUUACCUACCUAGGUAGGUUACUUGCAUGUCAACUUUGCAAACUGUACAUAUUUUCAAC